AUGGACACGACGGAUCAUCACGACAGUGCACUGGGGAUGAGGGGACCCUACGACGACGACAUCGACAUCGGCUGGGUCGAACGACGGUUGAAUGAAAGGGCGGGCUCGCGAAGCAGCAGACUCUCAGCGUACUUUGAAGGAGUGAUGGAAUUCGUCGAACCACCACCAACAAUAUCUCGAUCACCAACUCCGGAACCUCGUCACCAAGCAGCAUGGCAGGCCUCACCGCGGUAUUCUCACAGUGUCCGACCGUUGCUGGAUCAUUCUUUUCAGCGAAGAUCCAGCGGCAAAGGCAUUCCCCGAAUCCCUUCUCGUCGCUCCACGUUGGAAUCCGACUCUGAUAGUGCAACUGGACUUCCACCACGUCGAAGGAGACGAUAUGUAACCCCGAAUCCUGCGCACAAACACGGCUAUUCCCAUACCACACGAAUCAUAAAGCGAUAUAUUAGGCCAUCGAGACCCAACACGACAUCUUCCAAGAUUUCCAGCGCACAUAAGAUGGAGACACGAUCGAAGAGUCGCGUUGUCCGGCGAACUGGCCACUCGACACAUACGAAAACAACAUUCCAGAGGCAGAAGGCACCAUGA